GGGCUGUAAGGCAUAACACUCUUGGGUUCUGCCAUCGAUAAUACCAGCAUGUUGUUCUACCUAACGUUCCGUCUCAUAAGCUCUGUGUCGGCGUUCCUGUACCCAGGUUAUGCAUCCUUCAAGACGUUGUCUCAGCGGCCUGCCUCGGAGGAAGAGCUUGAGCGAUGGUUGAUGUACUGGUCGGUGCUGGGAUGUAUUGUCGGAGUCGAGUACGUUGCAGAAUGGCUGAUAUCCUGGCUGCCGUUCUACUACCCGAUCAAGACUCUCUUCCUGCUCUACCUCGCCCUACCCCAAACGCAAGGCUCCUCAUACCUCUACCUGCACCACAUCAAGCCCUUCUUCACCGAGCACGAGACCCAAAUCGAUGCGGGGAUCGCCUCGCUCAAGACGCGGGUGUACGCCUUCGCGCAGGAGAAGCUGCGCAUGCUCUGGAACCACGUCACCAAUGCAGUCGGGCAGGGUGACCUUACCUCCGUCGGGCGCGUGUCGCAGGAGGCAGACAUCAACGCCGGCGCGCCCCCGACGCUGAGCGACCCGGUGUCCGGGCCCGUGCAGAUGGCGACGAGUUUCUGGCGGUCGUACGGGCCCGGCAUACUCGCGACCGGGGCGGCGUUCAUGAAGCAAAGCAGCGCGGCUACCACCUCUGCAUCGAACAGGGCGCUGAAUUCCCCGCCGCUGCGGCCGUCCAUGGCUCCAUCCCAGUCGACCGAGUCUACUUCGCAGUCCGUGCUGGAAAGAAGGCGGCAGCUCGAGGCCGAGCUGGCGUCGCUUCCGCCCGUGCAGAUGCCCGUGCCCGAGGUGCCGAUGCCUGCGUACGCGCCUCCUUCACGCGGUUCGUCCGAUUCGGACUUGCGCGAGCGGACCGUGAGCGGGGGACGCUUCGAGGAGGUGGAAGUGCCCAGCGACUACGAGGGCGAGCAGGGGCACGCCUACCCGCGGCCGCCGGUGCAGAAGCGCAACAGCUGGUUCUUCGGAUGGGGCGGGGCGGGCGAGGGGCAGGGCUACGAAAGGGUGAAGACGGACUAGGGCCUCUAGAGUAGAUUAAGUGGCGGCUGCUUCGUUUCUGGAUCGAGCAAUCCCUUUGGUUAUUGCAUAUUGUACAUUUGGACGUGUAUCAUAGGUAACUGUAUUAUUUAUUUGCUUUG